CGAUUACAGCUCAUCGUGCCGUGUAUGUACAUCGGAUCAUUAUUGCGCGAUCGCUUGUCAGAGCACGCUUCCCGUUCCAACGUCAGAAGCGCAGCAGCCUUCCCUGCAUUUUCCCUGCCCGACCGGACCACCCAGAAUGAGCACCAUCUCCAAAGACGCAUCGCAGCUGACGGCGCUCGUUGCUGCCCUGUCCGCGAACGCACGACCCAUUGCGCAGCGCAAGCAUCCCCGAACACUGUGCCUCUUCGACGUAGACGACACACUGACGCCUGCACGCCAACAAGCCUCGCUGGAGGUGCUGAGCUUGCUCGUCGAGCUCAAAUGCGAACACUGCGCCGUUGGCUUCGUAGGCGGCAGCGAUCUCGGGAAAAUCACAGAGCAGUUAGAGGUGCCUGGUGGACCGGAGGUACGGAGUCUGUUUGACUAUGGCUUCGCCGAAAACGGACUCACUGCAUUCGCCCACGGUAAAGAUCUACCGCCUCAAAGUUUCAUCCGCUGGAUCGGAGAAGACAAGUAUCAGAAACUGGCCAAAUUCUGCCUGAGAUACAUCUCAGAGCUCGAUAUCCCCAUCAUGAGAGGAACCUUCAUCGAGUUCCGAAAUGGAAUGAUCAACGUCAGCCCAAUCGGGCGUAAUGCCACCAUCGCCGAGCGCCAUGCAUUCCAGGAGUACGACAAGCAAGCGGGUGUGCGGAGCAAAUUUGUUACCGCGCUCCAGCGCGAAUUUGGAGACUGGGGGUUGCGCUUCAGCGUCGGCGGGCAGAUCAGCUUUGACGUUUUCCCGCAAGGCUGGGACAAGACGUAUGCUCUGCGCCGCUUAACGGAAGAGACGCAGGCCAAAGGAGCGAACGCGGCUGCUUCGGCAGGGAAGGCGAGCGUGGACGACAGCGUGCCUGGCUGGGACGAAGUGCAUUUCUUUGGCGACAAGGCGUUCGAGGGUGGGAACGACUUUGAGAUCUACUCGGACAAGCGGACGAUUGGACACCGCGUAACCAGCCCUGUAGACACGAUGCGACAGGUGAAGGAGAUCUUUAGCUUAUGAUAAGGGAACAGACACCUUCGUACACACAACCACGCUCUGGCGCGCCCAUCCUUUGCAAGUGAUUUUAGAAACUGGCAUCGGGAGCACAUAUACACCCCGCGGAGCUCGGAAGAAAUCUGAUCGUGCGGCCCUGCUGGACACGGCGGCAUGUAGAGAUGAAUGCUGGAUAUACAGUGAGAAGAACAAGUGGAUGCGGAUCCUGUGCAUGUAUUCUAUUAUGGUG